GAGCUUAAUGAGGGAAUUCCGAGCUCUUAUCCGACCUACUUGUACGCUUAGGUUCUUGGACUCCUUGCUAACUCAGUAUCUUAUAUAUUCCUCUUCCAUCUCUGUAUCCAUCUUGCACUUCAUCCUCCCCUUCCUCCUCAUCCAUCCCGUAUACCCAUCAUAUAUCAUAACUCAUGUGUACUCCCUAAGCAAGCAAAGUUACUUAAUAUACCUAUAUACAUACACACUUACAUACAAACAACCGCCAUCAUGUCUGCAUAUCCUCAAGACGUCCACAACGACAUCUACCCCUCAGACCAAGGCCACGACUCCAGCAAAACCAACAGCAAAGAAAAAGUACCCCUCGACAAUGAAAAGGGCCACGACAUAGAUCUUCACUCUGCCCACAACGUCCCCGUCGUAGACAAUGGCUUCGGCGGCGGCGAGGGCUCCAAGAACUUCCGCAACAUGACAAAAUGGGACACCACCUUUGCUCUGCUGACCAACCAAGUCGGUCUCGGUGUGUUGUCGUUGCCCAGCGUUCUCAAGACGAUGGGCAUCAUUCCUGGUCUUAUUGCUAUUAUUGGCAUUGGUCUUUUGUCGUGGUAUACUGCUUUUGUGCUGAAGCAGUUCUUUGGAAGACAUCCUCAUGUGUUGAACGUCGUUGACAUGACCCGUGUUGUUGGCGGUCGUCCCCUUGCUAUCGCUUCUGGCAUUGGUCUGUUGGUCCAGGUGAUCAUGACAGCUGCUUCGGCGAGUGUCACGCUCUCAAUCGCCUUCAACACGAUCUCCAGCCACUCCAUCUGCACUGUGGGCUUCAUCGGCGUCGGCUGUCUCUGCUGCUGGGUCCUCUGCGCGCCCCGAACCUCCAAGUUCGUCUCGCAGUCCGGCAUCCCCUGCAUGGUCUCUGUCAUCGCCGCCGCGGUGCUAGUCAUGAUCUCCCUCGGAAUCAAGAACCCCAGCGCUGCGCCCGUCGGCUGGAAGAAGGACAUCAAGAUCGUAGCAAACCCCGACUUCCGCUCUGGUCUCAACGCGUGCCUCAAGAUCUGCUACGCUUACUCUGGUAACAUCAACUUCGUCACUUACAUGGCUGAGAUGAUCGACCCCGUCAAGGACUUUGGCUUUGCCCUUGCCUGGUUGGAGGUUGUGUCCAUCACCUUCUACGUUGUCGUGGCUAUCGCCAUCUACUGCCUUGCUGGUGAGUACACUGUCUCGCCCGCCCUCGGCUCGGCUUCAGAGAACAUUGCCAAGAUCGCCUAUGGCAUUGUCCUCCCCGCUGUUCUAUCCACCGGACUCGCCUUUGGCCACACCGGAAUCAAGUACGUGUACGUCCAGGUGAUGAAGCACUUCAAGCUCCAAAGCGAGAUGACUGCCAACAAUGUUCGCUCGUGGUCCAUCUGGAUGACCAUCGUGACCGUCUUCUGGGCUCUCUGCUUCAUCCUCUCCAACGCCAUCCCCGUGUUCGACUCUAUCUUGUCUAUUGCCUCGGCGACUACCAUCUCGUGGUUCACAUUCGGCUUCAGCGCCGUAUUCUGGUUCCACAUGAACUGGCACCAGAUGUUUGCCAGCCCCACCAAGAUCCUGUUGACCUGUGUCAACGCAUUCCUCAUCGCAAUUUCGAUUUUCAUGAACGCGGCUGGUCUGUGGUCAUCUAUCACGGAGCUGUUGGACCUGUUUGCCAACGACUCCAGUUCCAUCCAGGGCGUCUUCGACUGCGGAAGCAAUGCCCUCUUCUGAGCAGGUCUCGGACUCGUGUAUGAAGUAAAGUAUCCAGUUAUUUUUUCAUUUAGACAGCGGGAAUCAUUCUUUCACUCUCUGUAAGAGCAUUACGUUGGUAUCUCCUGAAUUCUGUCA